AGCUAGCACCACUUUGGAAAAGCGCUGAACGAUUGGGGUCAAAAUGAGGGGUUCCUGCAAUUGGUGGGUCGUCCACGUCGUCAGGGUAUCAUCAGAGUGGACACACCUGAUAAGCGGUCGGGCUCGUGGAGGAGAGAAGAGGAAAGGGGAGAACGCGAGACCGUUGCGAUCAGGGGGACAUGAUGGGGUUGCAUUUCUCUGUCGGUGGCACUGGCGAUUCCAGACCGCCGGGACGGACUGAAAUGUACGAGCUGCUGCACUCCCUCUUCCCCGGGUAACACAACGUCGCGCAUCCGUUGAUCAUGGCUUCGAUCGAGCGCAUGACGGCUCUGGCCAAGGAGAUAUCGGAGAAGACGGCCAUAGUGACCGACUAUCUCAAGGCAAAAGGCCUCGACGCUCCUUCGUUUGAUGUCAACGGACUCGACCAGUUCCCCAUCCCUCCCGAGGAUGAAGUGCCGUUCAAGGCGCGCCUCGCGCUCGCGGCGGCCACCAAAGAGCUAUACGACAUAUCCGUGGGUCCAAAGGAAGGACUGCGAAACUUAGCCUGGGAUUCCGCAAACAGCAUCUCUCUGCAUGCGAUAUGGGAGUUCAAGGUUGCCCAAGCUGUCCCGCUCGAAGGCACCAUCUCUUAUCAAGACCUGACGGCAAAGGUGGAGGCUUUGAACGGUGGCCUCCCCAUCGGUGUGCUCAACCUGCGCCGACUGCUGCGGCAUGCCAUGACGACUCGUAUCUUCUGCGAGCCUUCCAAGAACCAAGUCGCUCAUUCACGAGUUAGCAGGCUGUUGCUCGAAGACGAGCCAUUGAAGAACUGGGUGGGCUUCAUGUGCAAUGAUCUGUGGCUGCCCAUGGCCAAUGUUGUCAAUGCCAUGAAGAAAUGGCCAGCGAGUGACGAACCGACAGAGACGAGCGUGAAUCUCGCGUACAACCAGAGCUUACCUUGGUUCGAUUUCCUGCAGCAGGAUACGGCACUGAACAAUCGCUAUAACCUCGCCAUGCAGGCCCAUGGAAGUGCUGAGGGCUACAGCACGGAUCAUGUGGUCAACGGCUAUCCCUGGGGAGAUCUGGGGGAUGCAACAGUUGUAGAUAUGGGCGGUAAUCAAGGAUACAUCUCUUUUGCCAUCGCCGAAGCCUUUCCCAACCUGAAGUUCAUCGUGCAGGACCAAGCCGGGAUGCGAACGCCUGAAACGAUCGGCAAAGUCCCGGAUCAUCUGGUGGAGCGCGUCCAGUUGACGACGCACGACUUCUUCACGCCUCAAACUGAGGUAGCCGAGUGCUACUUUAUGCGUAUGAUCCUGCACGGCUUCUCGGACAAGUACUGCGUGCGGAUCUUGCAAGCGUUGGUGCCAGCUCUACGCAAGGGAAGCCGGGUGGUCAUCAACGACGGUGGCCUGUCGGAACCGGGGACGGCGAGCUAUCUCGAGGAACGGGCGAUGAGGACGCUGGAUUUGUUCAUGCAGGUCACGGUGAACGCUCGAGAGCGAGAGGCGGAAGACUGGGCCGACUUAUUUGCCAGGGCGGAUCCGAGGUACCAGGUCAAGCGCGUAUGGAAGCCCGAGAAGAGCGUCAUGUGGUUUAUCGAGGCGGAAUGGACGGGGGAUUAACUGCAUGAGUGAAUUGGAUGGUGACGGAGAGGGAUUCAUUGUUGCCUAAUCACGUACAUUGCAGAUGACGUGGAGAAGGAUGAGGAGAACGAAAUGGCCUGGGGUGGAAAGAACCUAGUAUAAGGGGAGUCGCUUGGAUUCGCUAUCUUCAGGGGUACAGUUCAAAUAAGACGCAUCCCGAGUUUACUACUCCGCUCUCUCUGUUUGGUUGCCUGUGGGGAUGUAUAUCACCAACUUGAGAUUCCUGAGGGUUGUGUACAAAAUUUUGUACUGAGUACGGAUAACCUGUGGUCGAAAUUUGAGCCAGUUUUGAGGUCAGCCUUGGCAUUGAUCCUUCCAUUCUCGGCAACACUGCAGCAGAGGCGCUGCUAUCGUUAUCGGGGUGGACCCACAAGGCCCCCGAAUCCAGGGUGAGGGUGCCGUUCUCGAGCA